UCCUAACCGCGCGACAAUAACACGGACGAUGUGGUUACUCCGAAUAAAAAUGGUUAACCGAAUAACAACAAAAUGCAGAUGCUAGUAUUUAUGAAUAAUUUUAAAGGACACUAAUGAACCAAUAAUAAGGAGACUUAUUAAUUAUGUAGUGAAAUAAAACUGCCAUAACAUUAGCUAUGAAUGACGAUUCAUUUAAACGAAUAAAGGCUAAGUUAAAAUCGGAAUUCUAUCUAAUGAAUGAUGACUGGUUAAGAGAUUGUGUAGAAUUCUACGUGGACCAACAUAGAAAUCCAAGUAACGAAGAAAUUGUACAAUUCGUAAAAGUACAGUGGCAACUCAGUGAUUUACGAGAAAUUAAUAAUGAAAAUGGGAGUUUACCGCCUAAUAUUUCACAACACAAAUUUAUUACACUCUCUGAAAAUUAUAUUCUCCAGGUAGAACAAAUAUAUGACAUUGCAACAUCAAAAUAUAAACAGUUACAACAAAUCAGAAAUACUCAUAAUAUAGAAGUAGAUACAACUGAAGCAGAAAAAUUAGAAAAAUGGGAACCUCCCAAAAAGAGGAUGAUGCAACUGAAAUUAACAGAUGGGUUGCAAGAUAUAAUUGGAAUUGAAUAUAACUGUAUAUCUCUAUUCAAUGAAACAUUAUUACCAGGGUAUAAAAUUAUGAUAAUAGGGCCAAUAAAAUGCCGUAAAGGUGUAUUGUUGUUGGAAGGAUCAAAACUGAAAGGUAUCGGAGGUGAAGUGGAUAGUUUAUUAAUUCGUAAUGCUUUAGAAAACGUACUAGCUAGAGCUCUAAAUAUCGAAGAAAAUCCAGACCCUUAUAAUGAUAAUGGAUCAGAAUCAAAUAACAAUAGGCAAGACGAAGAAUUACAACUGGAUAAUGAAUCGAAAUCAAAUAACAAUAAGCAAGAUGAAGAAUUACAGCUGGAAAGUAGUUUCUUUGAGGAUGAUUUUGAAAUAAAUUUAGACGAAGUUUCGAAAAUUGAACAUUCACACAUCGGAGACCAUAAACAAUCUAAUGCUAAUCCAUGUAAAAUAGAAAAUAUAAAAGAAAAUACUUCUGUCAAGAACAAUGUUAAAAAGAAAACUAAUUACAAUGUUAAAAUCGAAACCAGAAAAGAAAAUUUGAUUACUAAUUAUGUUGAAAAAAAAACUGAUAAUAGAAAUAACGAACAAAAUAUCUUUGAUGAUGAUGACUAUUUAUUAGAAAUGAUUGAUGAAGAACAACUUGUGGAAUUACAACCAAAGCAAAAAAUUGCAACUCCAUUCAGAUCUCUACCAAAAGAAGGAGACGAUGAUGUUAUUAUAAUAAAUGAAGACACGAUUGAAGAUAUAAAAUAUAAAAGUAUUCAAAAGCCUAUAGUGAAAACACAAAAUAUUUUGCAACAAAGUUCUGCACAGUAUACUGGUGAAACAAGUUCAUCAAUUAAUACGUUUCAUUCAAAGUUAUGUGAUAAACCAUCGAAAACUUCUGUAUGUUCAAUUGCAGGGAAAAGACCAAUUCCAAUGUCUUCUCCAGAACCAGUAACUUCAAAAAAAGGCAAAAUUGACAGAAAAAUUACAGAAUUUACAAAAAUGCCUUCUUCUCCAAAUAUUAAAAUAUAUGAUUUUAUUUACGACAUAAAUAACGAAAUUAUAACAGAAGUAAUUUAUAAAACAAUUUAUGGACGUGUUGAAAUUCUUGGAAAACUGUCGAAAAAUAAUUCUGUUUGGAUUUUAGAUGCUACUAUAGUAGAUGGUACUGGAAAAAUAGAAGUUACUUUUUCAAAUCAGGUCUUGGAAAAUUUAUUAGGAUUUAGUGUACAGGAAUUUUCAAUAAAAAAGAAGUUAAAGAAAAAUCCUGAAAUUGAACAUGAACUUAGAAUGAAAUUUCGUAGUGCAGAGCAAAGGAUAAAGACCUUAAAUGAUCUUUUGGAAUUGAAGUUGGAUGUCAAUAAAAAACCAAUGGUCAUGAAAAUUAUUGACGUAACACAACAACAAAAGGAACUAAUUGACAAACAAUUAAAAUCUUUUUUGAGUAAAUAAUAUUUAAAAUAUGAUUUACUUUCAAUAUGAAUGUACUAUAGCUAUUAUGUUUUAUCAUUAUUCUUAAAGACAUAAUUGUAAUAAAUAAUCAUGAUGGUUAUAUUAUAAACUAACAUUACUAUACAAAUUUAUAAUUAAACAGUUUAUUUAGUUGCUUAGCUAAAUUAAGUAUAUUUACAAAAUUAAUACGAAAUAACAA